AUAGAUGCGCUAAGGCUUUAGAACAUGCUUUUUAUUUGAUUGGGAGCUCAGCAUAAAUGCUAGAGGGGCUGCUGAUCUGACAGACCACAGAGCUGACCCAUGGCUGAACCCCAACAGGACAUGAGGGAGAAGUCUUUAAUUCCUGUUUCCAACAUGAAAAUGCAUGACUUCAUUCAAGUUGAACUGGAUAGACAAGAGCUGAGUUACCAAAAUCUACUAAAAGUGAGCUGCUGUGAACUGGGGAUUAACCCUGAGCAAGUGGAAAAAAUCAGAAAGCUACCAAACACACUACUCAGAAAGGACAAAGACAUUCUAAGACUACGGGACUUUCAAGAAGUAGAACUAAUUUUAAUGAAAAAUGGAAGCUCUAAACUGAUAGAGCACACACCAUCUCUGUUAGAGAAGCCCUGCUACAACAGCAAUGCUGCAAAAAUGACAUAUUAAGAAAUCCCAGAAACAAAAAACUGGAAUUAGUAUUUUGUAAAUAAUGAAGCUGGAUGUAUGUACCAGUUUGCUAACUUCACAUGU